AUGGAGAAGAUCUUGGAGGAGAGCGCGGCUCUCGACCCUACGCUCCUUGUCCAAGACAGAGAAGAUCAAUAUGACAAGCUUGCACUCGCUUUGGUGGCCAAAAUAAACAAGCUCACCCCUCAGGAACUAGCAGCAGCGGAGGCUGACCUUAAUGGAAUUCCACCCUCCUCUCAUACCAUCCUCUAUGUCUGCAUUCUGUUAGCAAGCAUCGAAACCUCUCCAGUCAGUGGAAAGGCUGCUUCGCGACAGCUCCCUGCUACAAUUUUACCAGAAGGAUCAUUAUGGCCUUACAUUGUUCAACUUCUUCUGGAAUUCGACCCCAUUCAAGCUCGAUACUGUGGAACUCAACUGAUGCGAAUAGUCGAUUAUGUUGCCUUGGGCGCAGAACAAACGGCCAAUUACAUUCCCGCCAUCCAGUUGCUCCACCAUUUAAUUCUUAGACUGGACAGCACAGCCUCGACCUUGACUUCUACUCAUCGAACAUUCAUCCGUCUUUGUCUCCUAUCACAAGCCUACACCGAUGCUAUUGGAAUUUUGGACAGACCGAUCUAUCACAUUCCAAAUUCGCAAAUCGACCUUCGCCCUUUCAAAUACAUCUGCUCCAAUUCCGACCAGCCUUGGACCUACCUAAGUCCUGCGACUGGCCUCACUCAACCAAUUUCCAGUCGGACCUAUCUUGAAUACUACGUCAUGGGUGCCAUGUGCUAUAUGGCGAUGCGACGAUAUCGGGAUGCCUUGUUCUUCCUUGAGGUUGUCAUUGCGGCCCCCACUGUCCAGAACGUUGCCAGCGUAAUCAUGGUCGAGGCAUAUAAAAAAUGGCUGCUGUUGGGCCUGUUAAUCAAUGGUAUUACACCCACAAUUCCAAGAAGCGCAAACCAAAACGCUCUCAAGCAUAUUCGAGCACUUGCCAAACCAUACGAAUGCGUAGCCGAUGCCUUCAAGGGCAACGACAUUGGACGGUUACGGGCGGAAAUGGAAGCUGCCAAUGUCAUUUGGCAAGAAGAUGGGAAUUAUGGUCUCAUGGUUGAAGUUUAUCAAGCGUUCCAGAAGUUUUCGGUCCUGAGACUUGGUAAGACAUUUUCCGCAUUGCCAGUGGUUGAAGUCGCCAAAAGAAUGUCCCCAGAUCCCACGAAUUCCGAGGAGACGGAAGUAUAUCUCGAGCAUCUGAUUGCAAAUGGAGAUAUUGGUGCAGUCGUCGUAGAUUCGGACAACAGUGGAGAAAAAAUUCUACGCUUUUUGCCUGCAUCAGUAUCUCUGAAAUCUGAAUCCCAGGUCGAAGUGGCUCUCGCUACUCAAACACAAGAGCUACGGGCGCUCCUCAAACACAUUCAAGACACUGAACACCGGAUGGAAGUCAGCAAAGAAUAUAUUGACUGGUUGAAGAAGCUGAAGAAGAUGAAAGAUGAGGAAAGAAAGAAUGGGCGAUCAGCAGCGGUGGACGAAGUUGAGGAGGAUGUGAUGGACGAAUUCUAG